AUGCAAGCGUGGCUUCAAGGAAUGGGGUUCCCGAUGGGCACGGGGCAAAUGCUCGGAGGUCGAUACGACCAGAACUUCGUGGUGAGCAUUUCUCAUUUCUUCCUUUCCGGAAAUGUUCGCCAACUUGUUCGGAGGGCGUCGAAACACUCCUCGCCAUUUCGAUUUCAUCGUCCAAAUCAUCUGGAGACUAUCAGUAUCAGGUCAAUUUGCAGGUCUACUCGGCCGUUUUCCUUCCGAAUGCCACUCAAAGCAGGACCACCGAAAUAAACUACGGAGGAAAGAUCCUGCUGCCGGGAUCGGCGCUUGACCUUCUGCUCAGAUUGAACAUCCAGUACCCGAUGCUUUUCAAAGUACCGAAAUGAAUGGAUUACGCUCAUGACAUGGAAGUUUUCAGCUGACCAACAUGGCCACGGAGGGAGUUACCCACUGCGGAGUGCUCGAGUUCUCCGCUCCGGAAGGACAGGCGAUCCUGCCGCAAUGGAUAAUGGAGCAGCUGGGACUGACCGACGGAGACAGCGUCAGAAUUGAAUCGGCCACUCUUCCGAAGGCCACCUUCGCCAAGCUCAAGCCGAUGUCUUUGGAGUUCCUGAACAUCACGAAUCCAAAGUAAACCUGACCUUUAUUGCAGAAUUGAAAACCUUAUUUUUUCAGAGCUGUGCUCGAAGUUGAGCUGCGAAAGUACGCGUGUCUCACGAAGAACGACCGUAUUCCUACCUCCUACGCCGGCCAGACCCUCGAGUUCCUUGUCGUUGACGUGAAGCCGGCCAACUCGGUGUGCAUCAUCGAAUGCGACGUCAACCUGGACUUCGAUGCCCCGGAAGGAUACGUGGAACAACCGAGACAAGCGAGCACGGCCGUCAACGUGAAGCCGCCUGCUCCACCUGCGUCCGCGUUCACUGGAAACGGUCAAAGCGUCGGAAACAAUGGAGGCGCAUCCAGUGCCACGUCGACAGUAUUCGGAGGAACGGGACGUCGUCUCGACGGAAAGAAGAAGCCCGCCUCGUCCGUGUCGUUGUGCUCCGAAGCGAACGGAGCAAGCACCAGCGAUGCGGCCGCGCUGGCCAACGACUUGCCGGCCAUUCCGCCCGUCGUCGUAAACGAGGACUACAAACCAGGUACGAAAAUUGCCAUUUUUUUCUCAUAUCAAAAGUCCAUAAUUAUCAUUUUCAGGCCGUGUAUCGUUCGUCCGAUACGACUACAAACGGGUCGACGUUUUGGAGAAGGAGCUCCGCGAGCGGGAAGCCAACCAGAAGCUGCUGCCAACGAAGGCUUUCCAGGGAGGCAACCGCACCCUGAGAGGAAACCGCUAA